GUCGACAGGCGAGGAGCGGAGAGGACCUGAGAAAGAGAACCCUCACACCAGGACAGGCCACGCUGAGAGGAUGGUAAGAUGGAGUUAAGAUGAGGAGAAUGGAACGUCCCCAGCUUGGAUCAGAUAAAAUGGGGAAGUCAAGACUUUUUCGCAUUUUUCUGAUACUGGGCUCCCUUUUCAUGAUCCUGCUGAUUAUUAUUUAUUGGGAUGAUGUGGGAGCCACCCAUUUUUACCUACACACCACCAUAUCGGGUCCUCAGUCCUCACGCGUCCCCCUUGAAAGUCACUCUACACCCAGGCACAAAGCAGGAGAUGACAAAGGUAGUUCGUUCUUGUCUGACAUUGAUGCAUUUGUUAACCAGUUCUUGGAGGGCACUAAUGAGCCCUCUCAGGAAGUAAGGGAUGAAAGCUCCCCGGGGACCAUGGGAAAUGCCUCAGGGGAAGCUGGGAAACAGGAAGACAAAUAUGUGCCAAGGCGCGAGUGGAAAAUCCAUUUGAGUCCCAUCUCUGCGGAGAUGAAACAGCGGCAGGCUGACAGGAAGCAGCUGGUUCAUGACCUAUGCAGCAGCAACAGCACCCUGAAUUUCCCGGGGAAGAACAGAACGUUUGAUGACAUACCCAACAAAGAGCUGGACCACCUGAUUGUGGAUGACCGCCACGGUAUCAUCUACUGCUACGUGCCCAAGGUGGCGUGCACCAACUGGAAACGCAUUAUGAUCGUGCUGAGCGAGAGCCUGCUGGUCAACGGCGUGCCCUAUCAGGACCCCCUGGAUAUUCCCAUGGAGCACAUCCACAACAGCAGCCUGCAUUUGACCUUCAACAAGUUCUGGAAGCGUUAUGGCAAGUUCUCCCGCCAUCUGAUGAAGAUCAAGCUCAAGAAGUACACCAAGUUCCUCUUUGUCAGGGACCCUUUCGUCCGGCUCAUCUCGGCCUAUAGGAACAAGUUUGAGCAGGUGAAUGAGGAGUUCUACCGGAGGUUCGCCGUCGUCAUGUUGAAGAGGUAUUCCAAUUACACCGAUCCUCCGGAGUCGGUUGUGGACGCGUUUGCAGCGGGAAUUCGCCCGUCUUUUUCAAACUUCAUUCAAUACCUGUUGGACCCCCAGACAGAAAAAGACAUGCCCUUCAAUGAGCACUGGAAGCAGGUGUAUCGCCUGUGUCACCCCUGUCAGAUCGACUAUGACUUCGUAGGAAAGCUGGAGACGCUGGAUGAGGACGCAGAGCACUUGCUCCGGGUCCUGCAUGUGGACAACAUCGUCCAGUUUCCUCCCAGCUACCGGAACAGAACAGCUAGCAGCUGGGAGUGGGACUGGUUUGCCAAAAUCCCCUAUGAAUCGCGGAGAAAGCUGUACAAGCUCUAUGAAGGCGACUUCAGCUUGUUUGGAUACCCUAAGCCUGAAAAACUAUUACAUGAUGGAUAAACAUGUCAUGAUGAGGUCAUUUUAAGCGCAAAAUCUUAAGAGUUGCUGUCUACAUAUGUAGGGCUGAGCAGAGGAGCAGUGCCGGUUGGAUCACAGAUCGCGAAACCCUUUGUUGGUCCCUAAUGUAUGCGGCAUUUUAAUUAUGUAGUGGUGUCCACUGGAGGUCCACAAGUUGCUUUUCAAUCCAGCUCAGGUCUUAAUUGCUUGAUUUGGGCCACUGAUUGGAUGUGAACCUGAAUCACCUGUUUGUUUAAAACCUCAAGAUAAGUGGACUGCAAGGGUGUUAAAAAAGGGUUGUAGUACAGUACUGUGUAACAUAUGUUUGUACAGCUGAAAGGUUUCCCCCAGCAAGACAUUUGCAAUAUUGCACUUGGAUCUACAACAAUCAUUUAAAAAGAAUGAAUAGUAUUUGCAGG